AACCAGUCGCAAUGGCCGCCGUCGCCACCUCCGUGAACCUCUCCGCCAAGUCCGCGCUCGUCGGCUCCAAGAAGGUCGUGACCGCGCGCGCGUUCGCUCCCGCGUCCGCCCGUCGCGCUCUCGUCGUCGAGGCCGCCGAUAAGAAGGCCGUCUGCGUCCUCACCGGCACCGCGGGCGUGGAGGGUGUCGUCACCUUCACCCAGUCCGGCGACGGUCCCACCAAGGUUGUCGGCGACCUCAAGGGUCUCGCCGCGGGCAAGCACGGCUUCCACAUCCACGAGUUCGGCGACACCACCAACGGCUGCAUGUCCACCGGACCCCACUUCAACCCGCACGGCAAGGACCACGGCGCCCCCACCGACGAGAACCGCCACGCGGGCGACCUCGGCAACGUCGUCGCCACCGCCGACGGCUGCACCUUCGAGAUCGAGGAUGUCCAGAUCCCCCUCUCCGGAGUCAACUCCAUCAUCGGCCGCGCGUGCGUCAUCCACGAGCUCGAGGACGACCUCGGCAAGGGCGACUCCUCCGAGAUUGGCACCCAGGGCAAGACCUCCAAGACCACCGGCAACGCGGGCGCGCGUCUCGCGUGCGGCGUCAUCGCGCUCACCCCCGCGUAAGUAAGCGACCUCAGACGGCAACAAUAAUAAGUCGCAGUUUAAUGGAUACACGAAGAGUAUGAAC